AUGGAUGGGAAAAGGGACAAGACUCCUACUGAGACUUCUAGACAUCGAAAUGAUAAAAAGAAGAAGAAGAAAACAAAUAAACAAGCUUAUGAGGCCAGCCCAAAAAAGUCAGAAAAGAAAACAUUGUUACUUUUGAUGAUAGAGGGAAUGGAGAAGAAGAACACCUCAGCUAACCAGAAAAAAACAGGACGAACAAAGCCACGCCGACUUGAACAAAGCCCCAAAAGUGCCAAUUCGAGUCCAGAUUUCAAGUCAAGAAAAAGUGCUUCGACAUCAGGGACUCUAGAUCACACUAACCAAUUACAAAGGAUUCAAGUUGCUAGUCCAACACAAGAGGAACCAAAUAUUGGCCGAGAUAAAGAAAGUCAAGGCCCUAUCCAACCUCAUCCUGUUAUGGUCGAAUGGGAACAAACCCAAAUGUCUUGUGCUCUAAUGCCUUAG